UGGAUAGUACUGUAAUGUCUGAAAAAAUGCGUUUAGAACGAUAUGACUUUUACGAUUAAAAAAGUAAAAAGUUUGUUAUAUAUUGUGCACUAAUCAGACGUGCUUGAUACGUAUUUUUAUUAUGGGCGUUAAUCACAUUACGACUUUGCAUUGAUCAUAUAGCAAAAUAAUGUUUUAUAUGGUUGUAUAUUUUAAAGACAAAUUCGUGAGUUAAAUCAUUUUAAAUCGAUAAAUGUACAUGUGUUAUGCUGAAGAAUCUGACAGGAAAUAAAAGCUGUCUUCAAGAAAGUAUCAUGGGUUAACUCAAUGUCUCCAGGAAUAACUAUCGAGAGCGGAAUAUGUAGUUUCACUGUCUUAGAAAUGAUUGACUACGGAAGUUUUGGAGACAUUUUCAAGAUCUGUCCAAGCAAAGAAGAGAAGAAGAUAUAUGCAAUGAAGCAGAUCAAAUACCGCGGGGACUUUCGAGAUGACGCCUAUAUUAUGAGUGAACUGUAUUGUCUAUCCCGCUUGAAGCAUAGGAACAUAAUUUCUCUACACGAUAUUGUGAUUGGUGUCAAUGAAAUAAAUAUCAUAAUUGAGUACGCUGCAAACGAAAAUCUUCAGCGCUACUUGUUGUUCCACAAAGACAUGCCACGUGGACAGAAGUAUGACAUAUUUAGCCAAGUGCUAAAGGGCGUUAUGUACUGCCAUUCCAUGGAGAUUUCCCACCGCGAUCUCACUCCUUUUAACAUUCUGCUGACAGACGAUCUAGUGGUCAAGAUUGCAGACUUCGGUCUCGCCGUCAGGUGCAUUUCGGAGGCCGGAUCGCUGUUGCUGUGUACGGAUUAUAUCGGUACAGCGUCUUAUCUCCCGCCAGAAGUCCUGUCACAACAGCCAUUCCUGCCUAAACCAGUUGACGUCUGGAGCCUCGGUAUCCUCCUUAUCUUCAUCAUCUGUCUCGAGGUUCCAUACAAAGGAUUCCAAGAUGACAUUCUCGCCCAACAAAUGAAAGAAUUGUGGGUAGACUUUCUUGAAGUCAAAUCGCAAGCGUUUGACUGCAGAGUUCCCAAAGAAAUCGUUUGUUUGCUUAAAGAGUGCCUCAGAAUUAACGCGAUUGACAGAAUAAACAUUGACGAGAUUUUAUGUAAAUGGGACAAAUGAAAGGCGAUAGCGCUUUAGUCAAAUAAUAAAAUUGUUUAAUUGUUAUGCAAGAUAUUCUUCUGUGAUAGUUAUCGUUAUGAUAUGUCUGUGUUUCAAAUAAUGAGUUCUUAUGAUGGAAUGAAUACACAGCGGUGUUAUACUAUUUGGGUACGAAAACGACCAUGGGUUGUCACACAUCUUAUUUUGUUGACAGACGGUUUGGGAGCACAUCCGCUGUAUGCUAUAUAGAGUCAUAGAUUGUUGUAGUUAUUAAGUUUGCGGGUCGUGAACAAAAUAAAAUUGAACGCUAUUAAAUGAAUAGUUUUUAAUUAUAAUUGUUUUUUUCAAUCUAUGUUUUCUGUUUAAUGGUAAUUCAUAAUGUCUGCUAGUAGCCCCUUUUAUAUAAACUAUCACACCAUCUAAAGCAAGAUGCAAGCGUGAAUUAUACAUGUCCAGCGUAGCAUUCCACAUUAUGUCAAACUCAGUUCAUGCGAUGGACAUUUAUACUCCAGCAUAACGCACCAGAAACACAGUAUUUUCUAUAUCCUUUUCGUCAACGUUCAUAUAAAUUAGUGUUAACUUCUUUCAAGCGAUGUCGAUGUCAGCCCGUAUCAUAUAGUUCUCUAUUAUAUAUGUGCAUUGCAAAUGAACAUAAUACUAAUGUAUACCCGCCAAAACGUGCAAGGCAUGCAUAUAGGUCCCUACGCUUGCACUUUUCAAUUAGUUUGAUCACACAUCGAUUACAGUGGUAGUGUUUUUAACUAUAACAAUCCG